AUGGGGAAAGGCUUCUACAUCAGCAAGGCUCUGGCAGUGGUGGGUAUUGUGGUGGGCGCAGGAGCUGUGGCCACCAUCAUUGCUCUGUCGGUUGUCUACAGUCAAGAGAAAUCCAAAAAUGAGCUGAAGCCCACAGAUGGAGGUGUGUUACCCACAGAUGGUGGGGUGACGACCGCCUCCACUACCCCUGCCCCCACCCCAUCUCCGACACCCUCCAACGAACCGUGGGACAAGUACAGGCUCCCGGACACCCUGAAGCCCCAGCACUACAAUCUGACCCUGUGGCCGAGGCUUCAGGUGAACGAACACGGCAUGUACAUCUUCACUGGAAGCUCCAGCGUGGUCUUCACCUGUGUGAAAGACACGGACCUGAUCCUCAUUCACUCCAACAAGCUGAACCUGACCGCCAUCGACGGCCACCACGCCAGACUGACCGGGCUCUCCGGAGCGGCCGCGCCGACCAUAAAGACCACCUGGCUGCAGGUGGACACGCAGUUCCUUGUGGUUCAGCUUAACGGCAGACUGGCUGCUGGACAAUCCUACCAGUUGGAUACAGAGUUUCAAGGGGAGCUGGCUGAUGACCUCGGAGGCUUCUAUAGGAGCGAAUAUAUGGAGGAUGGAGUUAAGAAGGUCGUUGCUACGACGCAGAUGCAGCCCACGGACGCCAGGAAAGCUUUCCCGUGCUUUGACGAGCCGGCGAUGAAGGCCGUCUUCCACAUCACGCUGAUCCACGAGCGUGGCACCGUAGCCCUGUCUAACGGCAUGGACAAGGGUAUGAACACAGAGCACCACCCCCCCCCCCCACCUACCACGUUUGAGCCAACAGAGCGAAUGUCAACCUACCUAUUGGCUUUUAUUGUCUCUGAUUUUUCCUUUAUUCAAACUAUGGAGGACACUGUCUUGAUCCGAAUCUGGGCUCGAAGAAAAGCCAUUGAGGAAGGACAGGGCAACUAUGCCCUCACCAAAACAGGACCAAUCCUGAAGUUCUUUGAAUCAUACUACAGCGCCCCCUACCCUCUGUCCAAAUCAGACCAGAUUGCCCUGCCUGACUUCAACGCUGGAGCGAUGGAGAACUGGGGGCUUAUCACAUACAGAGAGACGGCCCUGCUCUUUGACCCUAAAAGGUCCUCGAACGGAGACAAAGAGACCAUCGCAAUCAUUAUUUCUCAUGAACUAGCACACAUGUGGUUUGGAAACCUUGUCACGAUGAAAUGGUGGAAUGACCUAUGGCUGAAUGAAGGCUUUGCCACUUAUGUGUCUUACCUGGGAGCCAACCAUGCUGAGCCCACCUGGGGUAUUAAAGACCUGAUGGUCCUCAAUGAAGUCCAUGGGGUGUUUGCAGUCGAUGCCCUGGCCUCCUCUCACCCCCUCUCCUCCAGGGAGGACGAGAUCAACAAACCUCAGCAAAUCAACGAGCUCUUUGAUGCCAUCUCCUACAGCAAGGGGGCGGCAGUGCUGAGAAUGCUCUCUGAGUUCCUAUCGGAGACUGUCUUCGCCAAAGGGCUCAGCACUUACCUGAAUCAGUUUGCUUACAAUAACACAGUGUACACAGACCUGUGGAAUCACCUCCAAAAGGCAGUAGACAGCACCCCUGGAGUGAAGCUCCCGCACAGCGUGAACGACAUCAUGAAUCGCUGGAUCCUGCAGAUGGGAUUCCCCGUGGUCACCAUCGACACUCGCACGGGACAGCUCUCCCAGCAGCACUUCCUCCUGGACCCGGACUCUGUCGUCGACAGGCCGUCCGAAUUCAAUUAUGAGUGGUACGUUCCUAUUCCAUGGAUGAAGACAGCAGUGGAACAGGAACAUUACUGGCUGCUGCAGAAAACAGCUACUCACACUCCCAUGAAAACAACCGGGGCUGACUGGGUUCUGGCCAACCUCAAUGUCUCUGGGUACUACAGAGUGAACUAUGACAUUGCCAAUUGGGAACGCCUCCUCAACCAGCUGAGUGUUAACCACCAGGUCAUUUCAGUCAUCAACAGGGCCCAGCUUGUGGAUGAUGCUUUUAACCUUGCGAGGGCAAAAAUGAUUGACACAACUCUGGCUCUGAGGACGACCAAGUAUCUUUCACAAGAAAAAGAAUACAUGCCAUGGGAGUCUGCUAUACGCAAUCUGGACUAUUUCUUCCUCAUGUUUGAUCGCAGUGAGGUCUACGGUCCAAUGCAGGCAUACCUCAAGAAACAAGUACUGCCUCUUUUUGAGUAUUUCCAGAAUAUUACUUCAGAUUGGACUGAAAUACCAUUGGGGCACACUGAACAGUACAACCAGGUCAAUGCCAUCUGGCUGGCCUGCAGCACGGGAGUCGAAGGCUGCCAGAAUCUGACCACAAGCUGGUACAGGCAGUGGAUGCAGGAUCCAGCCAAUAACCCGAUUCCUCCCAAUCUGAGGACGACGGUGUACUGCAGCGCCAUCGCAGCAGGGGGCGCUGAAGAGUGGGACUUUGGCUGGGAAAUGUUCAAGAGCGCCUCUAUCGCCACAGAGGCCGACAAGUUGAUGUCUGCUCUGGCUUGCACCAAGCAGCCCUGGCUGCUAAACAGGUACCUCGAGUACACCCUUGAUCCAACAAAAAUAAGGAAGCAGGACGCCACCUUCACCAUCGUGUACAUCGCCAACAAUGUGGUGGGGCAGUCUUUGGCAUGGGACUUUGUCAGAGCCCGAUGGGAGUAUAUAUUCAGCGAGUAUGGUGGUGGAUCGUUCUCAUUCUCAAAUCUUAUUGAUGGUGUGACCAAGAGGUUCUCAACAGAAUUUGAACUGAAACAGCUGCAGCAGUUCAAGGAGGACAAUGCGCAGUCUGGGUUUGGCUCGGCUACGCUUGCCAUGGAGCAGGCCAUCGAGAGGACAACAGCCAACAUCAAAUGGGUGUCAGAGAACAAGGAGCAAGUGCUGAACUGGUUCACCAGCGAAUCACAAUGA